AUUGUAUCAUGUCUAUUUGAAUAUGCUGCUCUUGGUACAAAUACUAUUACUGGAUCUGGAAAUUUCAUUGCCACAUUAUUUAUUUGUCAUCUUUUUUCAAUUUAUGCUUUUGGGUGGUUUCAAAUCCAGCUCUGGGUUUGUUUUAUAGCUUUGGUAUUGGGUUUCUGAGUCUGAAGGUAUAUAAAUAUUUAAAAUAUGGAAGGUAUUGUAGUAAGAAGGGUUAUUCCCUCAGACAAUAGUUGCCUCUUCAAUGCGGUUGGGUAUGUUAUGGACCAUGACAAGAAAAAAGCUCCUGAGUUGAGACAGGUUAUAGCAGCAACAGUAGCAAGUGAUCCAACUAAGUAUUCUGAAGCAUUUCUCGGUAAACCAAAUGAAGAGUAUUGUGCUUGGAUUCUUGACUCUGAGAAGUGGGGAGGUGCCAUAGAGCUUUCAAUUUUAGCAGAUUAUUAUGGGCGUGAAAUUGCAGCAUAUGAUAUUCAAACUACACGUUGUGAUUUGUAUGGUCAGGAGAAGAAGUAUUCCGAAAGGGCUCUGCUGAUCUAUGACGGGCUUCAUUAUGAUGCUUUAGCUAUGUCACCCUUUGAGGGAGCUCCAGAGGAGUUUGAUCAGACUAUAUUUGCAGUUAAGGACAGUACCAUUGGGCCGGUUGAGGGGCUUGCUCUUAAUCUUGUGAAGGAGCAACAAAGUAAAAGGAGAUACACUGACACUGCCAAUUUCACUUUGCGCUGUGGGGUGUGCCAACUUGGACUAGUCGGCCAGAAGGAGGCUGUGGAGCAUGCACGAGCGACAGGGCAUGUCAACUUUCAAGAAUACAGAUAACAGAAACAUAGUCCCAAUUUCAUUGCAGUGUAACUCCUUUGUAUUCACUUAUUGUUUCAAUGUCUGUCAAAUAAGUAUAACGUUGGAUGUUGCGAUUUAUGUAGUCUGGGAAAUGUUGUACCGUACCAACAAAAAGAACAAACAUAGGAAACAUACUGUUGUAGCAGGUUUUACCAUCAUUUUAUGGGUCUUAUGUUCUGGUGAAUCGAUUGAAUACCCUUUACCUUGUU